GCCGGGCUGGUGCAGUGAGGGCUCAGCGAGGCAGGGAAGGACCCUGCUGAGGGCGCGGGGCUCGGAAAGAAAGCCGAGCACUCCUUCCACUUACCCCCACCUCAGAGGUCUCACAGUCAGUUCCUUGUGACGUUCUCGCCAGUUGGUAAGAGGACUUGGGCAAAGAAGGCACAGAGAGAAGCCAGAAGUUCACUCACGAGUGGACGGACAGUGGCGCCCUCCGAGCCCGGCCUCCGUGCGGUUAGCGGAACCGAGGGGCGGCGGACGCCUGGGCCGAGGCGAAGAGGGAGGCGCUGCUCACGCGCGCGCCCGGCCGCCGGGUUUAAAUCUCCCGCCUCCCACAGCGGAGCUCGACACCUCCACGCUCCGGUGCGGAGGGCACGGGCUGAGGGAGCGGCCCGACAGCGUCGCGGGCUCGCGGGCGGCGGCUGGAACGGGUGCCGGGACGGACGUCCGCGCGGCCGAGCGCGACCCAGGCGGCGGAGGACCAGCGCGGCGCGAUUCCGGCGUCGCGUUACUCCAUGGAUUCUUUUGGACAACCCAGAUCAGAAGAUACCCAGUCGGUAGUCAGCAGAAUGCAAAAAAAAUACUGGAAAACCAAACAGGUCUUCAUUAAAGCAACAGGAAAAAAGGAAGAUGAGCAUGUGGUGGCAUCUGAUGCUGAACUGGAUGCUAAACUUGAGGUUUUUCACUCCAUUCAAGAGACGUGCACUGAACUUCUGAAGAUAGUUGAGAAAUAUCAGCUAAGACUCAACGUUAUAUCAGAGGAAGAAAAUGAGCUAGGGCUCUUUUUAAAGUUUCAAGCAGAACGGGAUGCUACUCAAGCUGGAAAAAUGAUGGAUGCCACUGGCAAGGCACUCUGUUCUUCUGCCAAGCAAAGACUGGCCUUGUGUACUCCUCUGUCUCGUCUUAAGCAAGAAGUAACAACCUUCAGUCAAAGGGCAGUAUCAGAUACCUUGAUGACAAUUAAUAGGAUGGAGCAGGCACGCACAGAAUACAGAGGAGCUCUCCUGUGGAUGAAAGAUGUCUCCCAAGAACUGGACCCAGACACCUUGAAACAAGUGGAAAAGUUCAGAAAAGUACAGAUCCAAGUGAGAAAUAGCAAAAGUUCUUUUGACAAAUUAAAGAUGGAUGUUUGUCAGAAAGUGGAUUUACUUGGAGCUAGUCGCUGCAAUAUGUUAUCUCAUUCACUCACUACCUACCAGAGAACACUGCUUGGAUUUUGGGAGAAAACAGCUCAAAUGAUGUCCCAAAUCUGUGAGGGCUGUGUUGGCUUUCAUCCAUAUGAUUUUGUAGCUUUCAAGAGACUACAAGAUACUCCAAAGAAACUUUCUGAAGAUCACAAAGAAGAACAAAUAGAAGGCAGUUUUCUUACUGAAAACCUCCAUAAGGUAGUUUUGUCAGAAGAGGAAGCAAGCUUUGGGAGUGAACCAGUGGUUGUGAAAGAUUUACCUGUUGAUUCAUUGGAAGGAGAAGAUUUUGAGAAGGAAUUCUCAUUUCUGAACAAUCUCCUAAGUCCUGGUUCUUCAAGUACUAGUGAAUCCACCCAAGAAUGCCAGACUUCCUAUGGGAGCCCCAGUGCCGGUCUCAUGUCCCAGGAGCCUUCUGUGGGGUCUGAGCCUCUCGCUCAUUCCUCUCGAUUCCUUCCUUCACAGCUCUUUGAUCUUGGCUUUCAUGCUGCUGGAGCUUUCAACAGCUGGGUCUCCCAAGAAGGAUCAGAACAUACUGAUAACCUGCCAGUGCCUUCACAGAGUCCAAAGAAAUUAAUGAGAUCCCCCAACAGUGGUAACCAAGACAUGUCAGCCUGGUUCAAUCUAUUUGCAGACUUGGAUCCACUUUCAAAUCCAGAUGCCAUUGGACACUCAGAUGAUGAACUUCUUAAUGCUUGACUGAAAUUAUAAUGUCAUUUUGGGGGUCUUGUGACAUCAAUUUUGCAACAUAUUGCUUUUGUGAAAAGGUUUAUAUUGCAAUCCACACACAAAAGCAUGGUGUUGGUGAAUAUAACACCUGUCAGCUGACUUUAGACAGAUGGUAAGGUCCACAUUUGAAUAGAUUAAGUAUAUCUGUAGUAUCUUGGAUUUGCAGAGGUUGAUACUAUGUGGAAAAUUUUAGAAACCACUGAGUCUGCAAUUUUUAGAUAACAAAAUCUAUGUCAAAAUGACAGGGUAAUUCUGCCAAAAAGGACUUGGGAUUAUUCCUCUUGAAAGUGUUUUUAAGUUGCCCUGCUGGCUAUGAGAAUUCUAUAUGUGAAUAAAGGACAGCAUGUAAA